AAUCAAAAUAUUAACCAAAACGUUCACUUUUAAAACAUUCGGAUGAUUGAAUUACGACACAAACAGCGGAUAUUAAUUCCGAUCGAUAUUGGAUAAAUGCACAUGGUACUUCGGAUAUUGAGAGUCAUUUAAAGAGAUUCAUCAUUGGAUGCUUGACGGAACUAUUUAGUGAUUUCAGUCUCCACGUUUAUAUUUAAAAACAAUAUCGCAUAUGACUUUGUAGAAAAAAAUCUUUAAUAUAACAGGUGAUAAUAUUAUAUGAAGAAUGGUGUUGAAGAUGGCAGUUUACAAAUGCUUGAUCAUAGGAUGCAUUGUACAUGUUAUACAUGCUCAGAGCUGUACACAAAAAGUUUUGGUUGAAGAAGGUACUGGACGGCACAAGAAAGUUACCAUGGUCAGAAAGAUACCAGCAAAAUGUUCUAAUUGGGAUAAAGCAUGGGUUUGGAUAACUGGAAUGGACUGUGGAACAAAAUAUGUGUUAGAAACAGUGAACUUUCCUAGUGCAAAGACUCAAGUAUAUAAAGAACAGAAAGUUUGUUGUCAGCAUGAACUGAAUUGUAAAAAUCCUGGAUCAGAAGCCCAAAAGGGAAAAAGUGGUCUAGAUGAAAAUGAUCAGAAGUUCCUGGCUAUAACAUUUGGAUCAGCAACAGCAGCUCUAGUUAUCAUAUUGCUGAUAAUUGUAAUAAGUUUUUGUCGUAAAAAACAACCAAGAUUUAUCGAAAAUUUCUUUAACAGAAGACACAGAAUGUAUGAAGAAGAUAUAAUAGGUGUUGAACCAUCAGCUCCUUAUUUAGAAGGACAAGGUGAUUAUCACUACAAAAAUGGAUGUUCAAGAUUGAUCGAGUCAGAAUAUGAAGAAAUACCAGAAUAUCAUGCCAAGGAUAAGUACCCGAUUGUUGAUAGUGUGUCUGAAGGUAACGACUAUGUACAAGAAUUUCCACCACCUGAGCAACAUUCAAACAAUAACCAUUAUACAAGAGAUGUGUUAAUAUCACUAGCUUCUGGGAAUAAUGAAAGUGAAACAAUAGAGAAAACAAUGGAAAGCAUUGAAAAAUGUCCUUCACUGGAUAGUAAUUCUGGUUCUUACGAAAAUGCAGCCAUUAAAAUGCUACAACCUGUGCAAGAAACAGGUGCUACAGUUAAUGGAAGACUUUCGCAAAAUUCUAAUGACAAUAUCAGAUUAGAUAGUUUGCAGCAUUGUAAUAGAGCUGAUAGCUCUGUAAAUAGCAAUGUAGACAUUUGUGCAAGAAGUGACACAAAUGGAUAUAACAGUCCGUCAAAAUGCUCAGAAAACAGUGUCUCAAACGAUUAUAUAGAUUUUAGCAAUGUUGUUGUGCCGAAUAAUGAACAAAAUCCAGCAGCACCACCAGCAAAAGUACAUUCCUAUGAGCAACUUGAUGUGUCAGCUCGUGAAAAAGACAACCUUGAACAAACAUAUGAUGCCUUAAAAGUGUCCGUCAACGAAUGCAAUUUGUCAACAACGGGAAGUGGUUCCUGACUUUCUUAUCCUAUGCCAGGUUGUGCUUUUAUCUCUUUGUGCAAAUCAUACUGACUUGCCUAUGGAUUUUUUAACAUGUUAUCAUAUUAACUUUUAGAAUGUAAAUAUACAAAUAAGCUUUUGACAUGCUGUGAAUUCUGGGAAAUUCAAAAUCUGCUUGCAGAAUUGGGGUCUUUUUAUAUGGUAUUAAAUUAUUGUAGUGAUAGAUAUUUUGGAUUAUAAAAGUCACCUUUACUGAUUUUUCUAGAAAAAUUUACAGAAUUUAAAAAUGCAGGUCAUAUUUGCAGUAAACAGGAAUAUAUUCUACAUCAAGUAGUGUUAAUGUCAAGUUUGUUAACUUUUUAUGUGGUAACAUUGGUCAGUGAUUGGGAAAUAAGGUAAAUAUCAUAAAAAAUUCAAUAACUCGAGCUUACAUUUAAAUGCAAAGAAUUUGAUAUUUGAAAUUCUAUCUUUGGUAUAAAAAAUAAAUGUGGUUAUUGUUAUUUGAGUAUGAUCUGAAAUUAAUGUGAUUUUAAAUAGUUUAACUUCUCAAUACUGGUAUAACAAACAUCACCAAUAAAGGUUUAAUAAUCAUUAACAUAUACUGAUUCUCAAAUUUGCUAAUUACAAUAAUUAUUACCUAAAGCUGAGUAUAGCUGUACUAGGUAAUUGUAUGCUUUGAAAAGGAUGAAUAACCAGAUAAUGGCCAAAAUUGGCCAAUUUCAAAAACAUUUUUGCCAAAUAAAAAAAGUUCACAAGUUUCAACCAAAACAAUUUAUGUCAGCAAGUUCUGGUAGAUGACUAUUUUACUGGCUUGAGCUACAGUCUGACAUUCUCUAUUGUAGGUCAAUAUAAUUCAUUUCAUAUCUUUCAGAAAUACAAGUGCAUAUUAAUUAUUCAUUAAGCAUAUCAUAAUGCAAAUGUAAUCAGAUCAUCAUUUUGAGUCUGAUUAGAUGAACUUUUAAAGGUCGUAAAAGUGGAUCAUCAUGGAUGAUCUUUGGUCUUAAAAAGAUGAAACGAUGGUCUUUGGGUUAAAUGUAAGCCAAGCAAUUAUCAAAAUAUAAUAAAUAGUUUAAUUACAACUGUCAUGCAUCAUGUUUCUGAAUCUUAAAAUUAGUUAAUCAUUUAACUUUAUUGAACAUAUUUUUUAAGGGGGAGGGGGAGGGGUGAAGCUAUUAUUAUCAAGGGAUAAAUAUUAUAUUAUUAUUGAUCAUUGAUAAGUAACAUUGUUUUGAUGCAAUACAUGCCAUUGUAACUAAGCAAAAGACCAGUUAUCAACAUUCAAUUACACAUUAAGAAUUAUUUAUUUGUUACAUCAUUCUAAUAAAUAAAUGGCAUUAAAUUA